AUGUAUUGCCAGAAGUGCCGCACACCUCUCAAGGUAGACGGCUCAAUAGAGUCGCUGAAUCCAGCAGCGUUCGAUCUACUGUCCAACUCUACAGGGAAGACGCUAUCCGACGGAGCUACCUCGUCGCCAUCGUCGCAUCCCGGACACCGCGACCACUAUGACCGAUCCUCCAAACAUGCCACUCCACCGGUGUAUCGACGGUCGAUCCCCGCCCCUCGAGGCGCGCAACCAAACUCGAUGGGCCGAGCCGAUAGCGGCAACAUGUCAUUUGUGAUGUUGACCGAAUCCCAAGUUGCGCCACCAAUCAACGAUCACCCCUCCACAGCCCGGAGCAAGCAGAAUCGCACCCAGAUCCCAGCGCGGACUCAGGAAGACGGGUCAUUCGUGGAUCAGGUGGAGAAGACGACCCGACUGUUCGAGAUUGUCUCAGCGCGAUCUGAUAUCGACCAUCCGAUUUGCGUUGAGUGUACGGAGCUACUGGUGGAAGGGUUGCAAAAGCGUCUAGCGGGGUCUACGAAAGAGCGAGAUGCCUACAUCUCGUUUCUUCGGGGUCUGAAUGGGUCGGCCCCGACCGCAGAGGAGCUGCAGGCGGCAGAGAAGUCGCUAACGGAAAGUCUCGAGGCAGAGCGGGUCGCUCUGGCGGAGCUGCAGGCAUUAGAAGACGAAAAGGCCGCUCUAGAUGGGGAAAUUGCAGCCUUGGAGAUUGAAUCGCUCCAGCUCGAUGCCGACGAGGAGAGCUUCUGGCGGGCGCGCAACGCCUUUUCCCUGACGCUCAAUGAGUUUCAGAACGAACGCGACGCGCUCAAUAUGCGAUACGAUCAUGACUCACAGCAGCUCGAACGGCUCCAGCGAACCAAUGUCUACAAUGACGCGUUUUGCAUUGGUCAUGACGGGUACUUUGGCACUAUCAAUGGGCUACGGCUAGGCCGACUUGCCAACCCCUCCGUCGACUGGCCCGAGAUCAAUGCGGCGUGGGGACAGACCGCUCUGCUGCUGGCCACGAUGGCUGAAAAACUCGGGUUCCAGUUCCAGGGGUAUCGUCUCAGGCCCAUGGGGUCCAACUCACGGAUCGACAAGAUUGAGUAUCCCGUGCAGCCAUCCGGCCAGCCCAUCGAAGGAGCGGCGCCCAAAGCAACCCAACUAGACCUAUUCUCAUCGGGCGAUCUGCCGCUCAACAUUCCAUGGCUCCACCGUCGCUUUGACGCAGGCAUGGUGGCGUUUCUUGACUGCCUGCGGCAACUGGGAAAGUUCGUCGAGAACACCCCUGCGCCCGUUGCAUCGCCACGUCGGGGCCAUGCGGGCGCCACAGCUCCGGGCCUGAAAUUACCCUACGAGAUCAAGCGAGACCGGAUUGGCGACGCGAGCAUUAAACUGGGCUUCAACCAGAAUGACGAAACGUGGACUCGGGCCUGCAAGUACACGCUGACCUGCUGCAAGUUCCUCCUUGCGCACGCUAGCAAUCUGGCUAGUACAGGGUCUAGCAACUCAGCUGCUGUCGCGGCUGCGGCCGUUGCAGCCGCCGAACAAGCCCGACAGACGACCCAUGGCUCUAAGAAUCCGUGA